GAGGCCUUCGAGAUCGAGCACGUGCUCCUCCUCCCGGCGCUCUCGACGCUCGACGUCCAGGCCAACGGCCUCGCCGACGGCGAGGGCGUCCUGGCCAUCUUCAAGCAGAUGCCGGACCUGCGCGUCCUCUACUGCCAGGGCAACCCCUUCGUCAAGGAGCUCCGCAACUACCGGAAGCGCAUGAUCUCCGAGAUCAAGACGCUCCGCUACCUCGACGACCGCCCCGUCUUCGAGGACGAGCGCCGCCGCUGCGAGGCCUGGGCGCGGGGCUUCGCCGAGGGG